AUGUCGUGGGCGUGUCGUGGGCAUGUCGUGGCCGUGUCGUGGGCGUGUCGUUGUUCUGGGGCCCUGUCGCGUGCAUGUCGUGGCCGUGUCGUGGCCGUGUCGUGGCCGUGUCGUGGCCGUGUCGCGGCCGUGUCGCGGGGGGCCUGGCACUUUGCCACGGGGCUGCGUCAUGGGCGUGUCGUGGGCAUGUCGUGGCCGUGUCGUGGCCGUGUCGUUGCUCUGGGGCCGCGUCGUGGGAAUGUCGUGGCCGUGUCGUGGCCGUCUAGUGCUCGCGUCGUGGUCGAAGGGGCAGAUGAUGAGAGCGAGGGCGUCUUGCUUUCCCUGAGCUUUCGGUCCGAUGGUCUGCAGGGGCUGGUGAUGGGCAUCCUCUACCCAACCCUCACGCUGCCGCUCACGAACCUACGCAUGCGCAAAUCCCUGGAUGAGAGCUACACGCUGGGAGACUUGUAUGCCGCUUACUGGCCAACCUUGGUUCGCGACAUCGUGGGACAGCAGGCCAGGACGCGUGUGAACAGCUUCUGCGUCCGCACGCUGGGGUGGGGCCGCCAGUCGCCCGCGGCCAUGGCCUUGUCGAUGUUCAUGACCUGCGUUAUCUCGUCUCCCUUCAACGAGCUCCGGAACUUCUACAUGAAGCGCGGGGAUAUGACCUGGAAGGUGGAGACAGGCGACAGCAAAGUCUGGCAGGUCCCCGUGGAUGUGGCGUGGUGGCCGAGUCUCCCCGAGGACGAGUCCCUGGGCUGA